AUGUCCACUCAAUUCCCAUCGCUGAAGCGAGCCCAAACGGACCUCCCCGUGGAGUCAUCGAGCCCGCUACGACACGGGUCAACCGCGUCCACCAAUUCAUCCGCAUACUCGGUCGCAUCGAGUUCAUUUGCCCCAAGCCGGACAAGCACGGUGUCUUCCAAUGCGUCCAUACAGAGUAACCUAGGUCACCACCGAGGAAAGAGUGAGGCAGGCGCAGUCGCAAUGGACUCAACAAACGGAAAUCUCUCGGCAAGUGCUAGCAGCACUUAUGAAAACAUUCGCCGUUCUCUACGACCCUUGCAACAGGCGCCUAACAUCAAUUCAACGCCCCCCAAAGCUGGCGCCUAUCGACAUGCCCGCAGCCACACCAUCGAUGAGAAACAAUAUUUGAAAGACAUGCGACCGAGUACUCCAGAGUUACAUCACGUCCACUUCAAGGAAAACGAAUCGCCCCGGUAUAAAGCGCCUGCCUUUGAGCCUCAAACACCCCCACAGGGGGGUCGCCGCGCCACUGCUCCACUUACGACAACUCUCUCUACCCCGGAACUCGAAACUUUCCAGAAAUCAUCCACACGCCAUCUCAGAACGCUGUCCAAGUUUGCUCAAUCUGGAGAAGGCGAGGAAUUCCAACUUGCGUCCGCAACAGCGUCGGUAGUUGGUCUGCAAGGCCGGCGACGAUUAAAGCGAGCAGACUCAGUGGCUGGGAGGAAUGGCGCGAUAUCACCAGAAAAACCCAAAGCGUCCUCAUGGGCAGCAGGGAACUGGAUGGAUCAACAGCGGCAAUUCCUACAAGCGUACGAGUACCUGUGUCAUAUUGGUGAGGCAAAAGAGUGGAUUGAAGAGGUUAUGAAAAAGGAAAUUCCGCCGAUUGUUCAGCUGGAGGAAGCAUUGAGAGAUGGUGUGACUCUCGCGGAGGUGGUACAAGCCAUGUACCCUGACCGAACUUUGCGCAUUUUCCGAAACCCAAAGUUACAGUAUCGCCAUUCAGACAACAUUGCCUUGUUUUUCCGCUUCCUCGACGACAUUGAAUUGCCCGAGCUUUUUCGAUUCGAGCUCAUCGACCUCUACGAAAAGAAGAAUCUUCCGAAAGUCAUUCACUGUAUCCAUGCUCUUUCUUGGCUGCUUUUCAAGAAUGGCAUGCUGGACUUCCGCAUGGGCAACCUGGUUGGUCAGCUUGAAUUUGAACAUCACGAGCUUGAAAAGACUCAAAAGGGUCUCGAUAAAGCGGGUGUUAGCAUGCCGAGCUUUGCAGGCAUGGCCGCGAACUUCGGGGCGGAACCAGAACCAGAGCCCGAACCUGUUGAAUCGGAGGAAGAGCGGAUUGACCGCGAGCUACAUGAAAACGAAGCUGCGAUUGUUGACUUCCAGUCACAGAUCCGGGGAGCCAUGAUGCGUUUAAAACUUGGCAAUACCAUGAACGAUCUUUGGGAUUUUGAGCCCUUACUCAUUGAACUGCAAUCACAUAUUCGUGGUGACUGGGCUCGCCAAAUUAGCCAGUACCGACUUGAGAUGCGUCAGUUUGCGGUUCAACUUCAAGCAGCUAGUCGUGGAUUCAUCGUUCGCCACCGUCAACAAGGUGACGUCCAGUCUCGCAAAGCCCAAGAAUGUGAUAUUCUUGAGCUUCAGAGUCUUAUCCGGGCCUCUAAGUCGCGAGCCCAGACCAACUUAUUACAGACUCGUGUGCAGAAAGAGGAGUCUGGAAUAAAGAGUUUCCAAGCAGCAAUUAGGGGCGCUCUCCAAAGAAAGGUUGUCACUGACCAAUACGAGGACACUCGGUAUGCAGAGAACGAUGUUACUGCCCUCCAAUCAGCGAUUAGAGGGGCUCUUCAGCGCAAGAUCGUUACCGACCAAUAUGACGAAACUCGUUCUGCCGAGAACAACGUGACUGCCCUGCAAGCCGCAAUCCGGGGUGCUCUUCAGCGCAAGAUUGUUGCCGAUCAACACGAAGACACUCGAUCAGCGGCAAAUGAUGUUACCGCGCUUCAGGCUGCUAUCCGUGGCUCUUUGCAACGGAGGCAGAUGAACGUGCAGUCACAGCAGAUUGAGGAAUCUAGCAGUCCAGUCAAGUCGCUCCAGGCUGUGAUUCGUGGCACCCUUGCUCGCCAGCAUAUGGCCCAAGUCAAGGCUUCACUCGAAAAUGAGAGCGCAACUGUCAUCGCACUGCAAGCAGGUGCUAGAGCACUUGCCUCGAGAAAAGGCCACUUGGAAAUCCUUGAAGCUCUGUCGAACACCGGGAGUGAGUGCACUCAAUUCCAAGCCUUGAUACGCGGUGCCGCAGUUAGAAGGGGCAAUGAAGUUCUUCGUCGUGAUCUAGCGCAACAUACUUCGUCAGUCACUGUUCUGCAGGGAAUACUGAGAGCCAAGGCUCUGCGAGAAUUCUUGCAAUUGCAACACGAGGAGCUCAUGAAUUCCGAGAGUACCGUGCUUGAUGUGCAAUCAAUGGUGAGAGGCUUAAUCCAGCGUAAGCACCGAAAUGAUGUGCGAAAAGCGUUAGAAGAACACGAGCCUGCUAUCGUGGAGCUUCAAGCACUUUCUCGCGCAGCUUUGGAGCGCAUCAGAGUUGGUGACAUUCUCAAUAAACUGGAGAACAACGAAGAAGAAGUUGUUGAUCUUCAAGCUCUGGCUCGGGCCAUGGUUGUUCGGCUUCAGGUCGGCGAGAUGCUUGCUGACCUGGAGGACGAGGAAGAUAUCAUUACCGACCUGCAAGCCCGCAUUCGUGGUACCAUCGUUCGAAACCGCUUUGAGGAAAGACGCCGUCAUUAUAACAUGAAUAUGGAGAGGGUCAUUAAGGCUCAAAGUGUGAUCCGCGGUCGCAUUCAAGGUCGGGCCUACAAGAGCUUAACAAGUGGAAAGAAUCCACCUGUUGGGACAGUCAAGGGUUUCGUCCACCUUCUUAAUGAUAGCGAUUUUGACUUCGACGAGGAAAUCGAGUUUGAGCGACUACGAAAGGCCGUUGUUCAACAAGUCCGGCAAAAUGAGAUGGCCGAGCAGUACAUCAGCCAGCUGGACAUCAAGAUUGCUCUACUAGUCAAAAACAAAAUCACUCUUGACGAAGUCGUCAAGCACCAGAAGCACUUUGGUGGUCAUAUUGGCAACUUGCUGUCCAACACCGAUAUCUCUUCCAAAGAUCCCUAUGAUCUGAAGGCCUUGAACAAAACUUCCAGAAGAAAGCUGGACCAGUACCAGGUCUUUUUCUUCCUUCUGCAGACCCAAUCACAAUACCUGGCACGACUGUUCCGACGACUUCGCGAGAUCAACACUUCAGACAAGGAAUAUGAAAGAAUCAGACAUCUUAUGAUGGGUCUCUUUGGGUAUUCACAGAAGAGGCGAGAAGAGUACUACCUUGUUAAACUUCUCGCACGCUCGGUCAAAGAGGAUAUCGAAGGUUUCACGACACUGUCUGAAUUCCUGCGCUGCCACUCUUUCUGGAACAAACUGUUCGGCUCCUAUGCCAAGUCACCUCGGGACCGGAAGUUCAUGCGUGAUGUUCUGGGCCCGGUGGUGAAGGAGUCCGUCAUCGACAAUCGUGAACUCGAUCUUGAGAGCGACCCGAUCCAAAUUUAUCGCUCCUCGAUCAACAAUGAGGAGCUUCGCACGGGCCAACGCAGUCGACGACCAGCAGAUCUCCCUCGGGAGGAAGCGAUCAGAGAUCCAGAGACCCGGGAAACUUUCAUACAAAAUCUGCAAGAUCUGCGUGAUGUUGCCGAUCAGUUCUUUACUGCCCUUGAAGAUUUCCUGUACCGCAUGCCAUUUGGUAUCCGGUACCUGACCAAGCAAAUGUAUGAGAAUCUGCUUGCUCGUUUCCCCAAUGAAGAUCCCGGAUUUGUUCUCCAGACAGUUGGCCACUGGGCGUGGAAGAGUUAUUUCCAGCCGGCUGUGCUGGAGCCAGAGAAGUAUGGCGUGGUGGACCGUGGUUUAACUCAAGAGCAAAAGCGAAAUCUUGGGGAAAUUGCAAAGGUAGUAGCGCAGGUCGCUUCUGGUAGACUCUUCGGAGCAGCUGAAAAUGUUUACCUUCAACCAUUGAAUACCUACAUUGGCGAGUCAAUACAACGUCUAGGACGCAUUUGGGGACAGAUGAUUUCCGUCCAGGAUGCGGAAGCCUACUUCGACAUUGAUGAAUUUAAUGAUCUUUACGCCAAAGCUAAACCGACUUUGUACAUUAAAAUGUCUGACAUUUUCUCUAUCCACCAACUUGUCGCGUCACAGAUUGACUUCAUGUGUUCACACCCUGACGACUUCCUCAAGCAGCUUGUCCGGGAUCUGGGCAAUGUGAAGAGCAAUGAAAAUGAAUUGAUGAGUGUUAGCUCCACCGAGAUCAACCUGACACUCAAUCCCAAGCUGGCUCAGGUCGAAGAUCCAGAAGCGGCUAUCAAGACACUGUUUAUGGAGACGAAGCGAUGCAUUCUUUACAUCAUUCGGGUGCAAAGUGGCACAAACUUAAUGGACAUCAUGCUCAAGACACCCAGUGAAGAAGAUGAAGAGCGCUGGGAUACUUUGGUGCGGGAAGAAUUGAAUACAGGCAAUCCACGCCGUGGUGCCUACUCUGAGGCUAGCACUUUGAUCGAUAUCGGUUCGAUGACCUACUCGGAGCUGAAGGGCACCGCCCUGGAGAACAUCCUUCGUCUCGAGCAAGCUGGCAAGAUUAGUCGUCACAACCACUACCAGGAUCUCUUGAACGCCAUCGCCAUCGACAUCCGCACAAAGCAUCGUCGAAGAAUUCAGCGGGAGCGCGAAUUGGAAGGUGCACGUCUGACAUCCGACCGUCUUAGCGACCAAGCCUCCUACCUGGAGGGGCAACUUAAAACCUACAACGAUUACAUCGAGCAGGCCAUGAUCACGCUUCAGAACAAGAAGGGAAAGAAGCGAUUCUUGAUGCCAUUUACCAAGCAGUGGGACCACCAACGAGAACUUCAGAAAUCCGGCAAGGUUUUCAAGUUCGGAUCCUACAAGUACUCUGCUCGUAAUCUGGCGGAUCGUGGUGUGCUGGUUGCCUGGAAGGGUUACUCUGAUCGGCAAUUCGACCGGGUGGACUUGACGAUUUCUAGUAACGAAGUGGGCGUUUUCACCAUUGACGGCAGUAGUGGAAACAUGAUGGUCCCUGGUGCCAAUGCCCAGGUCCCACUCGACGACCUAUUACAGGCUCAAUUCAACAACACACAAUUCAUGGACUUCUUUGACGGGCAGAUGAGAGUUAAUGUGAACCUUUUCUUGCAUCUGAUCAUGAAGAAGUUCUACAAUGAAUGA